GCUGAUCAUGGUCACGUGUGUUUUGAUGGCAGCAGCUGUUGUAAGGCUGGCCAAGCUCCUUUUUUAAAUAGCAGGUGUGAUAAAUAAGGGAGAAGAAUUUCUCCCUCUUUCAAAGGAGCCAACCAGGAGCCCUGGGUUGCCACCCUCCUCCUCCUCCUGCAGCCAUGCCAGGGCUCCUUGCAUUCUUCCAGGGCACGAGGCUGCUGGGAAGGUGGUUGGCAGCCAGGGGCAGUUGUGCCCUCCAAGUGCCCAGGGUUGUAACAAGGCAGGGGGGUUGUGGUUGUGGAGGAGGAGGAGGAGGCAGGGAGAUCACCCAGGGGGCAUUUACCCUUGGCAUCAGGAGCUGGGCAGCUGUGCCUCCUUUGGCCAUGGCAGCCAAGGUGGAUUUGACCACAUCCACUGACUGGAAGGAGGCUAAAUCAUUUCUGAAAGGAUUGAAUAACAAGCAGAGACGGGAGCACUAUUUCACCAAGGAUUUCAUCAAACUGAAGCAGAUACCUUCAUGGAAAGAGAUGGCGAAAAGUGCCCGAGUCAAGCAGCCUGAAGAAACUUUGUACACCAAGGACAACCAUUUGAAUGAAAAGAUCUCUCUCUUCCGUGGGGAUAUCACCAAGCUGGAGGUGGAUGCGAUUGUCAAUGCUGCUAACAGCUCCCUGCUGGGAGGCGGCGGUGUGGACGGGUGCAUCCAUCGUGCCGCUGGGCCUUUGCUCAAGGAGGAAUGCCGCACCUUGAACGGCUGUGAGACCGGCAAGGCCAAGAUCAGCUGUGGUUACCGUCUGCCAGCCAAAUUUGUGAUCCACACAGUGGGCCCAAUUGCCCAAGGAGAACCUAGCGCUACGCAAGAAACCGAACUCGGCAACUGCUACAAAAACAGCCUGAAGCUUGUGGUGGAGAACAAGCUGCGGACUGUGGCCUUUCCAUGCAUCUCCACAGGAGUAUUUGGGUACCCCAAUGAUGCUGCUGCGGAGGCUGUCCUCCAGACGCUGCGCAAGUGGCUAGAAGAUAAUAAGGACAAGGUGGACCGAAUCAUCGUCUGUGUCUUCCUGGAGAAGGAUGAUGAGAUCUACAAGGAGAAGCUGCCCCAGUUCUUCCCCAUUGCUUGAGCCACACUUGCUCUGCAGGGAUGCUGAUGUGGGACCUCUGCCUUCACGUCUCUGAGCUUAUUUCAUGCCAGCUCUCCCACCCGCGCAAAACAAGGCGCUGGAGAACACCUUGGGCACACUGAGGCAGCAGAGUGAAAACUGGAAGAACAACAGAUGCUACAACGUCCAGAAAUGGAUGUAUUCUGGAAUAAAACAUGCAAGCACAA